AUGUCGCGCCCCAGCUCGCCCACACCUUCUGAGCGCGAGAAGAAGGACCGCGAGGCCCGCGCCAAAGAGGCCGCCGAGCAGGCCACGCUUCCUUACAAGUGGGAGCAAACCAUCCAGGAUGUCGACAUCACCACGACCAUCCCCGCCAACAUGAAAGCUCGCGACCUUGACGUCGUGAUCACGAAGACCAAGCUCAAGGUUGCCAUCAAGGGUCAAGAGCCCAUCAUCGACGGCGACCUGUCGAAGCCGAUCCACGCCGACGAGAGCACCUGGACGCUGGAGACGGUCCCGGGUGGCAAGGAGAUCGCCAUUCACCUGGACAAGGUUAAUAAGAUGGAGUGGUGGGAGCACGUCGUGACGACUGCGCCCAAGAUCGACACGGCCAAAAUUACCCCCGAGAGCAGCAAGCUCAGCGACCUGGACGGCGAAACGCGCGCCAUGGUUGAGAAGAUGAUGUGGGACCAGCGCCAGAAGGAGAUGGGCAAGCCGACCAGCGAUGAGCAGAAGAAGGAGGAAAUCCUGGCCAAGUUCAAGGCCCAACACCCGGAGAUGGACUUCUCCAAUGCGAAGAUCAAUUAA